CUCGGCGGGAGAAGCUCAGCCUCUCUCAGCGAGAAGAAGAGCUCACUUUAAACCUCAAAUGUGGAGAAACUUUGUUAGACUGUGGACUUUAGAUCAAGUUUUAAUUUGAUUUACACAAGAGCUGCCGGCGAAAGUUAAAAGAGCGGUGGAAAGUUCUGCGCGUGCCCGUCUAUUUUGUUUUGCUGGAUGUUGUUCAGAAUGCCGACGACCUCUUCUAUAGUUUACCUUCACGUUUGAGCGCUUAUUAUUUACUAUCAUUACCGCUGGUCGGCUGCUUGACUGGAUUUAAUCUGCUUCGGUGAUGUAUACUGACUCUUCACUCGUAUUGUGCAGGUUUGAGUCUUAUUUGUGGUUUUCCACAGGUGAAGGAGUUUGAACAGCUGUUCCCCGUCAGUUUUCAAUGGUUUGACUUCAUUCACCGCUGGAGAUCCUGGCAGAAGGCACUGACAGACUUACUUUGUUUAGUUUCAGUACGAGUUUUCAGUCACAGGCAUGGAUAAAUACGACGAUUUGGGACUUGAGGCAAGUAAGUUCAUUGAGGACUUGAACAUGUACGAAGCGUCGAAGGACGGUUUAUUUCGCGUAAAGAGGGACGCGGGAAACAACCCUGAUUUUGAAGAAACCAGGAAAGUGUUCGCCUCAAAAAUGACCAAAAUACACAUCCAGAAGCAACAGGAGGAGAUGGCAAAAACCAGUUUGGCAGCAAGGAUCAAUGGGAGUCUUUCUAAAGUGUCGGAUAACACAUUCUACACCAAAGACAGACCACCCAUCAAUACUUACAGACAGGGCGGUGAAGCGGCAGCUAAACCUCCCAUCAUGUCUGGACCAAUGGUUGGCACUGCCAGUGUGACUCCAUAUGCAUCUUAUGAAGGACAAAAACAUCAUUCGACCAUCAUACAACACAAUGAUGGAUCCAGCGGGGUUUAUGAUAGUCCUGGGAAUGCUGUUAACCCAGUGCUCGUGCCAGCACGGGCAGCACCCUCUGUCAGCCCGCCUGGCACAUGGGCGUCAAGAAGCGGGUACCCCUCCCAGACACCAUCUCCUUUUUCAAACAGUUCCUCCUCUUCUAGCUCACCCGGAGCAGGUCAGAAUCAUUCUCCUGUGGGCUUUCUUCAAACCUCAGCGAAGUCUCCUUCACAGUCGCCCCCGGGGACAUACAGGGAUGCAUUUCAGGUUAGCCCUGCUCCACACUCCCAACCCAUCUCUGCCCAAUGGUCUGCCACUCAAAAUGGAGCAGAUCACAACAUUGGCACCCCUACCCAGGUGACCCAAGAGACACCUCAGACCAUAAGCACUCCUUCUCCCACACCGGUGCUCCCUAUUGAGUCCCCUCAUGAGGAGUCUUCCCGGGCACUCAAACUGCCAUGCCAGAGCCUUCAUGUACAGACAGAUCAGGGGCCAUCUGUGGCUGAAAUAAAAUUAGAAGCUCUAACCGAACGCUUGGAAAAGGAGAUGGACACCCAGCCAAAAGCUGAGUACUUUGGCAGCUGUGUGAAGUGCAACAAGCCGGUGUAUGGAGCCAGUCAGGCGUGUCAGGCCAUGGGGAGCCUCUAUCACGACAGCUGCUUCACCUGCAGCGCAUGCAGUCGAAAGCUCAGAGGAAAAGCUUUUUACUUCGUCUGUGGGAAAGUGUUUUGUGAAGAGGACUUCCUGGUAUGGUGUGCUCCCCUCAUCUUUUUAUGGCUUUUUCAUAUCUGAGAAAUGUCUUCGAGCCGUUUGUCAUAGUUAUGUCAGAGGAGUGUGUCAUCUUAUCUAAAGGACGUCUGUAAAACAUUAUGAGGAUUCAGGUUUCAAAACAUGAACCUGUUCAUGAGUUCAACUUGGCAAACGUUUAAAAGUAGACCAGUGGGAUCUAGCAGUGUGCUUCUGAGAUAUACAGUCGUGUGAAAAAGUUUGUACACCCUAUUGAAUUGAUUGGAUUUCCAUUUCAGGACAUGAUUAAAAAAAACUAGAUGGUCCUUGGCAGAUUUUAAAAUGUGUAGGAUAAAACCUCAGAUGAACAACAGGACAUCUCACACUGUGACAUGAUUUAUUUACAAAAAUAUAAAGACAGAAAAUGCAUGAGUGACAAACUAUUAACUAUAUUAAUCCCAGGGCAGAAUAUGAUUCACUAUAUAGAUCCACGUUUAGCAGAAAUGACUUGAAAUCCUCAAUAAGUUUCUCGGUCUGGUCAUUCUGGGUGAGUUUUGGAGUUUUCUGCACAGCAUUUCACUCAGAAAGAUCUGCAUUUGAGCCCAUUUGUGCGCCCAUGGGUGUGCUGGUCUGAAAAGGAGGUGCACGUUGUUGGCGCGUUGCUAUUUUUUAGAAAUCAACUGAAAAAGUCUGCCAUUGACCAACUAAAUGUUGGUCUAAAGUCAAUGGUGUAGUUUUUUUUUGUAAAGUUUGAAGAGCACGUUAGUGAUAUGUGCCUAUAGUAAUGUCCUCAAUGCGUGCACACGUUGCUUAUUACACAUAGGGAUGUGCAGCAACACCCAAACAUGUUUAAAUAGUCAUUCAUUCAUUUUCCUUUGACUUAGUGCCUUAUUUAUCAGGGGUCACCACAACAGAAUGAACCGCCAACAAUUCCAGCAUAUGUUUUACGCAGACGAUGCCCUUAUAGCACAACCCAGUACUGGGAAACACCCAUACACUCUCAUUCACACACACAGUCAUACACUUUGGCCAAUUUAGUUCAUUCAAUUCCCCUAUAGCGCAUGUGUUUUGAUUGUUGGGGAAACCAGAGCACCCGGAGGAAACUCAUGCCAACAUGGGGAGAACAUGCAAACUCCACACAGAAAUGCCAA